AGCAUCGUCACCGCCAUCGUCUCCUCGGCCAUUGCCGUCUCCAGCACUCCCAUCCACAAGCGCGAAAUCGGCGGCGUCCUCCUCUGCACCGGCGCCAACGCAACCGGCUCCUGCAACUACUCCGUCUACGCCCUCGACACAUGCCACCAGCUGCCCGCGCCCUUCCACCACAACACGAGCACCUUUGCCCCGGACGGCGAGGCCUUUGAGUGCUUCCCCCGGAUCGGCGACUGCGGCUCGAUCUGCACGAGCCCGACGGGGUGCACCUUUGGGGCCGUCGACUUUGACUAUGCGCACAAGUUCGACCUGGGGGCGAUUCAGUGGAAUACCUUGAUUUCCAGCUUUGACUGCUCC